GCGCGCGCCGGUCUAGUAGAAGCUGGACCGCCGGGCGGGGAGCUCCUGUGUGCGCUGCGACCCCCGCGGGCAGAGGAUGAACGGGACGCGGAACUGGUGUACCCUGGUGGACGUGCACCCGGAGGGCCAGAGCGAGGCGGGCAGGAAGACCUAUGCCGUGGUGUCUGGCUGCUCAACCAGUAAUGCUCUGGCCUCGGAACUGGUGGAGUCCAACGACGGACACGAGGAGAUCAUUAAGGUGUACUUGAAGGGGAAGUCUGGAGACAAGAUGAUUCAUGAGAAGAAUAUUAACCAGCUGAAGAGUGAGGUCCAGUACAUCCAGGAGGCCAGGAACUGCUUGCAGAAGCUCCGGGAGGAUAUAAGUAGCACGCUCGAGCGAGAUCCAGCAGAGCCUCACCGUAGACAGGAGAUACAGGUGGUGCUAGAAAAGCCCAAUGGCUUUAGUCAGAGUCCCCGGACCCUGUGCAGUGGCCCGCCUGAGGUGGACGCCUACGCAGAGGGAGAUGCCGAGAGCUUGAGGAGGACCGUGAGGGACUUGCUGGCCAAGCUGCAGGAGGCCGAGCGGCAGCACCAGUCAGAUCGCGUGGCUUUUGAGGUCACAGUGAGCCGGUACCAGAGAGAAGCAGAGCAGAGUCACGUGGCCCUUCAGAGAGCAGAGGACCGAGCGGGGCAGAGGGAGACGGAGGUCGGGGAGCUGCAGAGGCGCCUGCUGGGCAUGCAGACGGAGCAUCAGGCCUUACUGGCGAAGGUCAGGGAAGGGGAGAUGGCCCUGGAGGAGCUUCGGAGCCAGAGUGCUGACUGCCGAGCAGAACAGGAAAAGGCAGCGGACCUGGAAAGCGAAGUGGCCAGGCUGCGGGAGAAGAUCCACCACUUGGACGACAUGCUCAAGAGCCAGCAGCGGAAAGUGCGGCAGAUGAUAGAGCAGCUCCAGAAUUCAAAAGCUGUGAUCCAGUCAAAGGACACCACCAUCCAGGAGCUCAAAGAGAAAAUCACCUACCUGGAAGCAGAGAAUUUAGAGAUGCACGACCGGAUGGAACACCUGAUCGAGAAGCAGAUCAGUCACAGCAACUUCAGCACCCAGACCUGGGCCACGACAGAGAACCUGGGCGGCGUCAGGAUAGCCAAGCCCCCCAGCCCGAAGCCCAUGCCGCUCAUCCGCGUGGUGGAGACAUGAGCUGCCGGACGCUGUCGCCGCCGAUGCAGCCGCCUGUCGCCUGCAGAGGAGCCCGCCACCCCCGCCGGCCGUUGGACUGACUUCGACUUUCCGCCUGUCCCCCGGCCGCACUCAGGACUUGGGGCUCGCGUGCCCCGCUGUCCCCAACUCCUGUCCUCCGUGUGCCGGGCGCGUGGAGGACGAGCCCCGCCUGGGAGGUGGCACGCGGCCGCAGGAGCCAGGGCGCUGGCCUCGUCUCCACGGCGACUGUUUUUUUUCUUAGAGCCUCCCUCCUGGUGCGGACCGGAGUCCAGCCGCCCCAGAAGCAGGCCCUCGCCCAGGCGGGAGAGGCCAACAGGCGACAAAACUGGCCUCAGCCCUAGAAGCUGGAGGCACAGAUAUCCAUAGUGAUCGGAGAGUGUCCUGGGGGAACGAAGUUCCUUCCUCAAACGCCAACGCCACGGAGGUCUUCACGACAAACUUUGUUUUCCUCCUUGCUCUGCCCUCAGCUCGAGCUGACCCAAGCCACCUUUGGAUGGAAAACCGGCCACCUCGCCAUGACGGGCCCGCCCGUCUUUCUGGGGAGGAUGGAAUUUACAUUCACGGAGUAGCUUUUAGCAGAAAGGUCCUGUAGCGACACAGACAGUUACAUGUAACUCUGCCGUGAAGACGCCCAGAAUCCCUUAGGGUUUUCCCCGAGGACGCGGUCCGGAGUCCACCUGCCUUCCUGACUGACUCGGAGCCUAAAAACUGUUUUCACUGGGUUACAUCCAUCUCAGCGAAACUCUCGUAUUUAUUUUGCUAAGUUAUUGGUGUUUUGCUUAUAGCUCGUGACCGAUUCUGCGCCAGGGUUCGACAGCCUUCUCUUGCAGUGUUUGGAUUUGCUUGACAUUGGGACAAGUGUCCCCACGGGACGUUGUUUCCAAAUGACAUCGUCGUAAAGAUUUCUCUCUCUCUUCGCCUGCUCCUGUCGGCUUCCUCCUCCACGCCCCAUCUGUAGCUCAGGAAGGCCGGGCAUUUGCCCUGAGGCCUCGGGUCUGAGCAUGUUGUUUGGGGGAAGAGGGCCAUAGGGACCUUUGGGGAGGCGUUGGAUUCUCCCGCUGACCGCUCCGCAUCCCUCUGCUUCCGAGCUGGUCUGUUAUCCUGGUCUGAAUGACCGCCACUUGUGUUUUCCCUGGGGUCCUUCCUGCAAGGAGCUAAAUGAGCAUCCGCAUGUGGUAUUAGAGCACAGAAAGCUUACAAGUCAGCAUAGAUUAAGUCUUCGGGUUCUGUUUGGCUCCGACCCGGAAGCCUUACAUCUGCGCUUCUGUCGCAUUCUGGCUUCGUCCGUCGUGGUGUUGUGGUUGCUUUACGCAGAUUUCAUUCGUGAAACGGGGGUCAGACCCGCACAAGCUCCGUUGGGCCCUUCCAGUUCCGAUGUUCCUUCCUGCGGCGUGUUCUCUGUGUGGUGAAUUUAGUACAUUAUACUUGUGUGUCUCAUUGA